CACUAACUCACUCCAACUCUUUUGUAACUUCCUAACCUUCCCCCACACAGCCCUUAUUUUUUCAGUUUCUUUCAUACUUAUAAAUACGCAAUUUCCAUUCACUCUCUUGUUCUCCCACACAACAUCCCUUGUUUGCUUCUCAUCCCUUCUUUCUUCUCUUCUUGUGUCUGCAAACCCUAGCAAGAGGAGAAACAAAAGAGAAGAAAUGGAGAGUUACAACAAUAAAGGUGAAGAAGAUUACAUGGAUUCCCAAGAAAAUCAGGCAACUGAUUUGGGGAAGAAAUAUGGGGCACUUGUACCAAAGAAGAAGCCACUGAUCUCAAAGGAUAAUCAGCGGGCGUUCUUUGAUUCAGCCGAUUGGGCUCUAGGGAAGCAAACAGAAGGAUUGGGUCAGAAAACGAAAGCUGUUGUAGAACCACUGCGUCCAAAAUUAAAGCGGACACCGCACCAGCAGCUUCCCCCUCGAAGACCCGCUUGUACUUCCGGUGGAAAUAGCCUUGUUGAGUAAAUGUCUCCCCGAGGGCUGAAGUGAGGAAACAUUUACAUAUAUCUAUAAUGUCAUGAAACGGAACAUAUUCUUAAACUAUGGAGGAAUAAUUGUGAAUGUUAAUUUUGUUGAUGUUGAAUCAAUGGAUUAUUUAGAUAGCAGUCCUAUUAGGAGUAAUGUAUUUGCUUAAACAAGUAUUCUUGGUUUGAAAUUUCUAUUCACUGGACAAAUCUUUUUUUAGAUUGUACCUAAAAUCUGUUCUCGCAUUA